UCCUGCCUGUAUGUUUCAAUUAGUAGAACUUCAAUUGACAUGAGGUCAUCGAAACAUGUCGAUGGCCCUACCCAUACGUCAAGUGCUGUGUAUUUGGGAAAGCUUCCCAUCAUGGUGAAAUCCAAGUGCAGCUUUCUCCAGUCUCCAACUCUCCUGUCAGAUAUCCCAAAGAUUUGCCCUUGUCAGGGAAGGGGUUGUAACUGUGACGUAGAGGGUUGUGAAUGUGAGGAAGGGCGUUGCCGGUCUCAGGAAGCAGGUGCUGGUGCAUCGACCUCUGGACGAUAUGGACCACAAUCACGGCAGUGCUUUGAGUGUCCUUAUGAUGAAGGUGGGUACUUCGUCAUUCGUGGAACAGAGAGAGUAAUUAUUGCCCAGGAGGACAAAGCGACGAACAAAAUUUUUAUUCGCAAGAUGAUGCCUUCCUCCAAGCAAGCUGCAUAUGUUGCGGAGGUGUGGUCGAACCGGGAGUUCAAACAUCGACCAGGAACCAGAUCACUUCUUGAUCUGCAUGGUAGCAGCGGUAUUUACUUGCAAAUGGCAUUCACACCAAAGUUAGAGUUCCGCAAGGCGGGCCUGCAAGAGAAGGGAGGAAUGAAGGGCGUCCCACCAUGGGCUAUCACUGUCAGCUUUCCUGGGAUUAAGCAUCCAAUCCUGCUGUCCAUCUUGUUCAGAGCACUGGGCAAUUUGCCAACGAAGCAGAUGAAGGAGAGAGUCUGCUACGACCCGGAAGAUAUCGCCAUGCAUGAAUUGCUUGAACCCACUCUCGUAGAAGAGAUGAAGGCUUAUGAGGAGGAGGAUAAAUUUAUGCAAAAACGAAAGGCAAAAUCGCACAAUGCGGACCAGAACGAGUUCGAGGAGUACGCACUGCAUUAUAUUGGAACAAGAGGAAUCAAACAAGGCGGCACAAGGGAAGAGAGGAUCAGGUUUGCAAGGGAUAUCAUAUACGAGAGAGUCUUCCCACAUGUGGAGGGUGAUAGAACCUACUAUCUCGGGUACAUGGCCUACCGGCUGCUUCUCUGUGCUCUUGGCCGAAGGAGAGAGGACGAUAGGGAUGAUUAUGGGAACAAGCGCCUGCAAUUUUCAGGGCCAUUGCUCGAACGUGUUUUCCGAAAUGCCUUCAAGAAAUUGGUUGGUACGACGAGGAAGAUCUUGAUGAAGCAUGUUGAUGAUGAGGGAGGUCCAAUGAUUGGUGAUGGACUCCGGCCCACUGUUUUCACAAUGGAUUUGGAAAGGCCUGUGUCUACGGGUAAUUGGCCCAAUGCAUCGAAUGUGAAGCCUCAAACUGGGGUCAGUCAGGCUUUACAACGGCUAAGUUUUGCUUCUGCACUUUCAUAUCUCCGAAGAGUAAAUUGUGCUUUUACUCGGGAAGGGCGAGGUAUCAAACCUAGGCAGCUCCAUCAUUCACACUGGGGCAUCAUCUGCCCUGCAGAAACGCCGGAAGGAGAGCCCUGUGGACUCGUCAAGAACAUGUCACUGAUGGCAUGUGUCUCUGUGGGCGUUAGUGUUUCCGAAAUACAGAGUGCAAUUGAUGGCAUGCUUGACCUGGAGGAACUCAAG